CUUCAUUUUCUAGUUUCUACUCAACGCUUACCUUCCCCUUUUUUGUCAAACUACAUUUUUUCAAUCCCCUUUCUUUCAUCUCAAAAACCCAAUAAAUAUCUGCACGCAAGAUUCAAGCUUUCAAUCACUGACACUGGUUUUCUCGUCUUCCUUACCUGGCAUAUGCUGCUGAUAUGUUAGCAGUUUUGGCUUCACACAGCUGUUACUCCCACAGUAUUGAGCUGAUGGAUAGAGGAAGAACAUUGAAUUGUCUCAGUUUCUCAAGCUCAAUAUUGAAUCAAUUUGUAAAAUUUGAGAGGCCCAAAUGCAUCAUUCCUAUGGCAAAUAAAUCAUCCAGAUUGAAAGUGGAGAUGCAACAAACUGAGUCUCCCUCAGGAGUUCGUCCCAAUGGACAAGCUGUUAAAAUGGUGCCUGCAAGUGACAUAGCGAAAAGAAGACCCCCAUACACCAGUAAAGUAGAAAAGGUGAAUGGUGUAAAGCAGGUUGUUAAUGGUGCUAGUAUAAUUAGGAGAGAUGCUAAGCCAGCCUUGGUUAGGUCCCCCAGUGGUAGAAUCCCUACAGAACUUCCACCAAUUGAAGAGCUAAAGGUUCUGCCCUCAGAUGAAACUUUCAGUUGGGCCAAUGAGAACUAUAGUAGCUGGCAGAGAACUGUAGAUGUUUGGUCUUUUGCUAUCUCUUUGCGUGUCCGUAUUCUGUUAGACAAUGAGAAAUGGGCAUAUCCAGGAGGCUUCACAGAUGAGAAGCAGAAAAAAAGAAGGAAAAAAACCGCCUCUUGGCUUCGUGAGUGUGUAUUGCAACUGGGUCCUACUUUUAUAAAACUUGGACAGUUAUCUUCGACAAGAUCAGAUCUAUUUCCGUGUGAGUUUGUAGAUGAGCUUGCCAAAUUACAGGAUAGGGUCCCUGCAUUCUCUCCGGAGAAAGCAAGACGGUUUGUUGAGACUGAACUUGGAGCUCCCAUCAAAGAUAUAUUUAAGGAGUUUGAGGACCGACCAAUUGCAGCAGCUAGUCUUGGCCAGGUGCAUCGAGCUAUGCUGCAUAAUGGGGAGAAAGUUGUUGUGAAGGUUCAAAGGCCUGGUCUCAAGAAGCUCUUUGACAUUGAUUUACGAAAUUUGAAGUUAAUUGCAGAGUAUUUUCAGAGCAGUGAAACUCUUGGUGGUCCAACAAGAGACUGGGUUGGCAUAUAUGAAGAAUGUGCCACGAUUUUGUAUCAAGAAAUUGAUUACAUAAAUGAAGGGAAAAAUGCAGACAGAUUUCGCCGAGACUUCCGGAAUGUAAAGUGGGUCCGAGUACCUAUGGUCUAUUGGGAUUAUACAGCCACAAAGGUUUUGACUUUGGAGUACGUUCCAGGUGUUAAGAUCAAUCAGUUGGAAGAGCUAGAUGCAAGAGGAUAUAAUAGAUCUCGAAUUUCAUCGCAUGCUAUUGAAGCAUACUUGAUUCAGAUACUAAAAACUGGUUUCUUUCAUGCUGAUCCACAUCCUGGAAAUCUAGCCAUUGAUCUUGAUGAAGCACUCAUUUAUUAUGAUUUCGGUAUGAUGGGGGAGAUAAAAAAUUUUACUCGUGAGAGACUACUUGAACUUUUCUAUGCAGUAUAUGAGAAAGAUGCGAAAAAGGUUAUCAAAUGCCUUAUAGAUCUUGAAGCACUUCAACCUACAGGAGAUAUGUCACCGGUGAGGAGAUCCGUGCAAUUCUUCUUGGACAAUUUAUUAAACCAACGUCCAGACCAGCAGAGCACUUUCUCUGCAAUAGGAGAGGACUUAUUUGCAAUAGCUCAGGAUCAACCAUUUCGGUUCCCAGCCACCUUUACCUUUGUUUUGAGGGCAUUUUCAACACUUGAAGGUAUAGGCUACAUUCUUGACCCAGAUUUUUCUUUCGCAAAAAUUGCUGCACCUUAUGCUCAGGAGCUUUUAGAUAUUAGACAAAGACAGCGAACCGGAACACAGAUAGUGGAGGAAAUAAGGAAACAAGCUGAUGAUGCCAGGUCUUACACCAUGUCCAUGCCUUAUAGAGUAAAUCGAAUAGAGGAAUUUGUAAAACAACUUGAGUCAGGAGAUUUAAAACUGCGUGUUCGGGUACUGGAGUCCGAGAGAGCAGCACGUAAAGCAACCAUUCUGCAGAUGGCAACCAUGUACACGGUACUAGGAGGCACGUUGCUGAACCUUGGAGUCACCUUUACCAGUCAAGGCAAUCAAGUUAUCGCAAAUGGAUCGUUCAUUGGAGCAGGAGUUUUCUUGACUCUAACUCUUAGGUCGAUGCAGAGAGUGCAAAGGCUAGAUAAAUUUGAGAAGAUGAUAUGAUUCUUUUCUGAACAAGGCUAAUCAUCUUUCGCAUUCAUAAUAAAUCUUCAUGUCUAUUUUUCAGUUAUAUUCUUAGCUAAGGAAAAUUUAUAACUAAUUUGCCUAUUACAGGCCAAAUUCAUUCUAUUUGAGGCAUAUACAGAAGUAGUUUGAAUGCCUCUUGUUUGGAAAUUUAUAGUUGUGCACCCAUUUGAGAUUCAGAUUUCAUAGUAUUAAUGAAUAAAUUUCUAAUAA